AUGCGUUGCGGAAAUGCGCUGCUUGCAAGAAGACAGCGCACAGAGCGUCACACUGUCCAGACCUCCCGAGACCCUGGUACUGGGACAACCCUGGACAAGCAAGUCCCGGCCAGAUCGACUGUCACCUUGCGCAGAACGAGACCGGCCUCUCCAGCGAGUGAGCGAAAUGUCAGGCUCCGGGAGGAAGAAAUGAAUCAGUUUCUCAGUUUCUGGAGGGGUGAAUCGGACACUUUGACUCUGUUCGACAUUGAAAUGGCUGAACAGACAGCAAACUCAAGCCCCAGAACAACGAGCCGGCCCUAUCUUGAUCUGAGCCCCGCCCGCAUUGGUGCGCCAUUGCCAGAUACUGAGGUCGCUGUUGGAGAUACGACUCUUGCAGAAGUGAUGCCGGGCAGGCUUCCAGAGAAUCACCAGGAAAUGCUCAAACAACGCGCAAAUCCUUCGCAUUCCAAUAGGACCAGACAGAGACGCAGAUUGAUGCUCAGCGAAUUGUGUAGUCCUGGAGACGGCGAUCCCGUGAAGUGUCGGGCAUGCUUCGAUGAAGUGGCGGCUCCCAUAUCUCUUGAUUGUGGCCAUAGCUAUUGCCGAUCAUGUCUCAAUCAACUUGUCAGAGCUGGCACCGCCAACAAAAUGUCCUGGCCGCCAAGAUGCUGCUUCUCGUGGCCACGCGUGGAUAUAGGCUCAAUCCAACCACAUCUUGACGAAGAAGUCUUCUCCCGCUAUCUCAACGUUUUUGAAGAAUACUCAACUCGCGACCCGGUCUAUUGCUCUAACAAAUUCUGCAGUCUUUGGAUUCCCUCGAGUCAGAUCCAGGACAACAAGGAAAAGUUUGUCUCGUGCACCAAGUGCCGUGUCCAGACCUGUGUCGAAUGCAAACAAGGACACGACGACCAUGUCGGGGCUGAAGGGACCACCUGCAAGAAUCUUGAAGAGUUGAUGGAUGAAAGGGAUCGCAAACUUGCCGAAACCAAGCUAUGGAAACAAUGCCCUAGCUGCAAAAAUCUGGUCGAGAGGAUUGACGGCUGCGACCAGAUUCAGUGCUCGUGCGGUACGCGGUUUUGUUAUAAAUGUGGAACGAAUACAAGCAGCGUGACUCAAUGUCGCUGCUACCCGCCCGUGUAUCCCUUUUGGGGGGCGAGGCAACGCCCACGCCAGCGCUUGGGAACAUCGCAACGUCGAGCGUCGAGGAAAUUUGCUUCGGGCUCUGGGUUUUCUGAACCAAACGCAUCUUCCUCAUCCGUCCCAUUGUCUGGAGAGAGACUGCCUCCUGCUGAAGCAUCUAGGCCCGCCAAGCUACCUCAUCCUCCUCGGUGUGGUCUUAGACGUGGUUUGCACGCAAAUUCUGGAGUUUCCGCCACGGAUCCCCAUGUAAAUACACCAGGGCUACAAAAGACCACGCAACCCGAACCAACCUUAUAUUCUUCUCUUGCUUGGGCCCUACCCGGUUACCACGAAUGGGACAUGCGAGAGGCCGGAAACGAUGAAGCUGCACCUCCCGAAUCAACGUAUGGUGACUCCAAGUCAACUUUUGGAGCUCUAGGCACCUCUGGAUACGUCUCGAUUCCCUCCCAUCCGACUAACGCGGAUUGGUUGGCAGCCCCUGCUAUGUCGCCUUCGUUUGAGCAACAGCAUUGGCAGUCUUCCCAAAGCCAAGGCAUGCUCACUGGAACGCCCCGCCUUGUGAGUGCGAUGCAACCUUUGCCUUUCACGGCCUUUCCCGGAGGAUCUCAGACGUGGUCAGCAUCUACCUUUCAGCACAGCGACCCAUCUCUGCUGUCUGGGCAUAUGAAUCAACCAAGAGUCGACAGGUAUAUGGUGAACCAUUUCAGAGACGCGAAUGUGGGGUGGCUACAAUGA